AUGGAAAACUCGAGGAAAGUUGAGGCGAAUUCGCGAGCUAAAGUAGAUCUAUUUGGCAAUCGAGUCCGAUUUGUUGUGCUCAUACUACUAUUAGUCUGUCUUGCUUCGCUGUGGUCUAAUGUAUUAACAUUUAAUAUCGCUGUGUUAUGUAUGCACCCACAUAGAUAUUUGAAUGGAAGUAUAACUUCAUUAGAGUUAAAAUUGGCUCAAGAAAGUGACGAUAAGCAUGAUUUUGAUGAUCCGCAUGUCAUUGGACUUUUUCAAAAACGAAUUAUUUGGUAUACGCCUGGUGAUAAAAGUUUAUUAAUUGCUGCUGUGGCCAUUGGAGCCUUAAUUGGUAAUUUUCCAAUAGUUUGGUUAAUUGGACACUAUGGAAUUCGAAUGACAUUCGGUAUAUUAGGCAUAAUCUCCGCAAUUUCUACUCUAAUGAUACCAGCUGCCGCUCGUUUGGGAUUGAUGUGUUUUCUUGCUAUCCGAGUUUUAAAUGGAAUUACUUUUGCUGCAAAUUUUUCUGUAGUUGGUUCGUUUACGAAUAAAUGGACUUAUUAUAAACAGAACGGAUUGUUCGUAUCGGCUUUAGUAGCACAUUUUCAAUUAGCACCAGCUUUAACAAUGCCAGUUGGUGGUUUCUUAUGUACAGAAUAUGGAUGGCCAUCGGUUUAUUAUUGUCAUGGAGCAAUUUCGCUUAUUUUAUUUUCGUUAUUUAUUGGAGCUUAUCGAAAUUCACCAGAUAAACAUCCAUUUGUUAGUGAUAACGAAAGGAAUAAAAUAGCUCUUGGAAAAGAUUUUGUUACUAAAAGCGAGCAACGACAAGUACCAUAUUUAAAAAUACUAAAAAGUACUGAGGUAUGGGCAAUAUGGAUUGCUGCAUUUGGCAAUUCCUUGUGCAGUAAUUUAAUGUUUCUUUAUUCGCCAACAUAUUUACACACCGUAGUGGAUUUUGAAGUCGAACAUACUGGUAUCAAUGCUGCUUUUCCACCGUUAUUACAAUUUAUCAUAAAGAUUGCUACUGGUUUUGCCAGCGAUAAAUUAAGAUUUAUCCAUGAGUCAACCAAAUUAAAGAUAUUUAAUUCAAUAGCAUUUUUCGGAAGUGCAGCCAGUUUAAUAGCUUUGGGUCUGAUGAAUCCAGAAUACAAAUUAAUUUGUGUUAGUUUGCUUGCUUUAUCAAUUGGAUUUCUUGGAUUUGCGACUGGAGGAUUUUACAAAUCUGGCCCUCUUAUUGCCAGACAUUAUGCGGGAUUUGUUACUGGCAAUUUAUCAUUGGCUGUUACAUUAACGAUGUUACUGGUGCCACUUCUUGUGUCAUAUGUUGCGCCUGAUAAUUCUCCAGAACAAUGGAGACAAGUAUUUUCGAUAUGUGCUGCUGUUCUCAUAAUAACAAAUAUAAUAUUCGUUAUAUUCGGUUCAGCGAAAUUAUCUUCUUGGGCAAUAUCCCAGUCAGCAAUGCAAUCGCAGAUGAAUUCAACACGCUAUACAAAUCGUAAUAGCAGUAAUGAUAAGGGUGAUAAUGAUAAAUAA